CGACAAUUCGCAGAUCAAAAUGGCAAACAGAAAACUCUUCCAAUUGGGGCGAACCUCCGUAGCUCGAAGGUUAUGCCCCGAAGACAUUGCUGCGCUUAUAGACGGGGAAGAUGAAAUGGAAGAAGGGGAUUCGAUGUUCGUAGAUAAGGAACCACUACCAUCCCUAAAAGUGCCGAUUCCUCAUUACCAUAUCGAUGAGUACAAGUUGAAAGAAAUGGACCAAGAAGCUCUGUUUAAAACCGUCGUAAAAGAAGGAGAAUGCGGAGGCAUACUAGUGGAGAACCCUGACGAUGAAAAUAAAGGUUCCGCGUUGGUGACGGGCUUCGGGAUGAGGAACCUGCAUUCACUGCAAGACCUCCUGGCAGCCGAAGAGAAGCGUCUAUACGAGCUUUAUAUACGCAGGCAGGAACAAGCAGCUUUUCAAGCCAAAACAACUCCCUCUUCAUCGACAACAUCAUCGGAUAAAACGAAGGAAAAGAGCUCGGAAACGACCACCGAUAUGGCGUCGGCUGGCGACGCCCGUCUCCAGUACCUCCUCGGUUUAGAGCAAGAAAUCGAGGAAAUACCCACGCCGAAGGAGGAGGUUCCCCUAGAGAAGGACGAUUUCGUCUUCAGUUCAUCGGCGUGCAUGAGACGCGCUCAAAUGUAUUUGCGAGUGCACAGGAUAUUCGAUUUUUUUCAAUUCAUUAUUGCGCACCUGCUGUCGAAAGCGCCUGAAAACCCUAUAGAAUUCAUUUUGGAACUCCUAAAUAAGUGUCUUUUGUACCGAUCGGGCGCUGGAAAGCCGCCUACCUUGUACGAAACUAAACACUUCGAACAACUUUUCUAUCUAAUGGAUAGAAUGAAUACGGGUUACAUAGACAUGGAGCAGUACAAGCAAGGCAUGAAGACGUUUGGUAUAUGCGUUUACAACCAAACGCCCAAGGCCGAGAAAGACGGCGUAACGAUCAAAACGUUUGUGGAAGAGGUCGAAGAUGCCCAAUUGGCUCUAUUCGACGAUUUGAUUCAAAAGAAGGUGAUGGGUAGAACGCCGAAACCGUACGAAUUCCAGCCGAUCAAAUACGAUGUGGCCCAAGUGAGGGAGAAAAAGUCCACGUUCUUCAUGCCCAACGAUCUCUUCAAGAGCUACAAGAGAGAGGAGUCCAAAGAGGAAGUGGCUCCUCCGGCCGUUGAAGGCUAAAGCGCGCUCUAUCCUUUCAAAUUAAAAGUAUCCAAUCGACGGCUACGAGUAUUUUUAUUUGUUGAAGAAAAUCCGACGGAAAUGAUUUACAUAAAUUAUUAUCAGCACCAGAAAAUCAUCGGAGAAUCGUUUCCCAGACCGGUGAAAAUGGAAAUUAAACGCGAUGAUUUUCCAUUUUCUAUCGAAUUUUCCUUCGAUUCCG